AUGAAGGUCUCCGCCAUUCUCGCAGCCUCUGUCGCCUCUCUGGCCAUCGCUGCCCCCUUGACCGAGGGCAACCUAGGGCUCGAAAACGUCGGCAUUGACAGCGCCGAGAAGGUGCAGCUCACGGAUCUUCAGGCCCAACUAUUCACCUGCAUCAGCAACCCCGAAUGCAUCAAGAAGCUCCAGCAAGGCGCCCUCUCGUCUCCCACGGCUCCCCUCGGCAAGACCAAGAGGCAGGAGGUGGACGACUUUCAGAAGUUUCAGGACAAGCUGUUGACUUGCAGCAACAACCCUGCCUGCGCGAAGAAGCUCGACAAGCUCAAGAUCCCGGGCCAGGUCCUGGAGCCCGAGAGCACGAAGGAGAUCUUGGACAACAUCGGAAACGUGCAGACGUGCCUUGCCACGGCCAAGUGCCGCAAGGACCUGUUUGAGCAAAUCGACAAGCUGAUCGAUGGCGCCGAGAAGAGCAAGAGGCAAAACAUUCCCCUUGAUCUCGCGUCCGUGACCUCUUGCCUCGCCAAGCCGGAGUGCGCCACGAAGCUCAUCGGCCGCCAGGGUGCCCAGGCCGCCGCCGCCGCUGGAGAGAUGACGAAGAGGCAGGUCGAUCCGAUUGGUCUCGAGGCAGUGAUGGCUUGUCUUCAGGACCCGGUGUGCACCGACGACCUCAUGUCCCGUAUCGACCUCCCCCGUAUCGAGGGGCCUAACUAG